CGGGGAGGCAGGCCUGAACAUCCUAGCUGGACCUCACAGCUGCACGUCCUGACCAUGGCUGCUGACCCUCUGCCCCGCGGUACACAGAUGCCCUAUCUGAGCAAGAUGGAACGUCUGGUCCUGAGCAUGCAGGAUCCUGACCAAGGCCUGAAGAUGCAGAGCCAGCGCCUGCUUGUCACUGUGGUGCCCCACACUGUCACCGGCCGCGCGGUGGUGCAGUGGCUGGUCCAGAAGCAUCUCAUGGCAGAGGCAGAGGCCCUGCACCUGGGCUCCCUCCUGCUGCGCCAUGGCUACCUGUACUCACUGUGUCCACGCUGCAGUCCCCUGCUUCACUCUGAGACGCUCUACAGGUUCCAGACACCCUAUUUCUGGACAAACACCGUGAGGCCGGUGGCUGAUCUGGACUAUGCCAUCUAUCUGGCCAAGAAGAGCAUCCAGAAACGGGGUGCCCUGCUCAGCCACGAGAAGGACGACCAUGACCAGCUGCACAGGAGGCUCGGCUAUCUAUGGGACCUGGUGGGCUCACAGGCCCGGGAGCAGCUGCGGGCCGCUGGGCGCCGAAGGAAGGCAGACAGGCUGGUGGUCACGUGCCAGGAGCAGGCCUUCUGGCUGGUGGUCAGGCCCCCGCCCGGGAUCCCGAAUGUGCUGGAGCAGGGCCCAGAGCGGGGCCAACGCAGCAGGCCUAUGUGGAUGAUUGAGACUGUGGAUUUCUACAAGCAGGAGAUCCAGCACCUCAGAAGAGCCCUGGGCCAGGUCCACGUGAAGUCCUCCAUCUGCCUCGAGGCGUUCCUGCGCUUUAGCUGCCAGCAUGGACCGCAUGACCCCGUCCUGUCAGGGUGCCUGCCCAGCAACCCCUGGAUCACAGGGGAUACCACCUACUGGGCCAUGAAUGCACCCAGGGUGCCUGUUCCCACUAAGCUCCGCGUGCAGCGCUGGGCCUUCAGCUUCUGGGAGCUCCUGGGGGACCCCAUGGGCCGGGCCUGCUUCAUGGACUUCCUCCAGACAGAGUUCAGUGCCGAGAACCUCAGCUUCUGGGAGGCAUGCGAGGAGCUGCGCCAUGGCAGCCAGGCCCAGGUCCCUUCCCUGGUGGACACCGUAUACCACCAGUUCCUGGCUCCUGGCGCUGCCCACUGGGUCAACAUCGACAGCCGGACCCUGGAGCGGACCCUGGCGGGGCUGCAGCGGCCCCACCACCACGUGCUGGACGAUGCGCAGCAGCAUGUCUACCUGCUCAUGAAGAAGGACACCUACCCGAGGUUCCUCAAGUCUGAGUUGUACAAAACUCUGCUGGCAGAUGCCGUGGUCCCCCCGGAGACAAAGAGGGUGUUUCCAGUCCUGCCGAAGCUGCAACACUCCAGCCCCAGCCCGGCACCACCGGGUGGUGGUGGGGAGGCCUGA